ACUUCAGUCUCUUUCAGUCUUCCUGGUGACCUUCAUGUCUUGGCUUAUCUUUCCUUUUCUCCUUUCCCCAGCCCCUGUGUGUGUGUCUCUCUGUCUCUCUGUCUCUCUCUCUCUCUGUCUCUCUCUCUCUCUUCAUCCCAUUCCAUAUGAACGUGUUUUGGAUACGUUUAUUCUCUAUACAGUUAUCUAGUAUUGCAUAGAAGGCUAAGUAUGAUAGCACAUGCCUGUAAUCCCAGAACCGAGGAGGCAAAGGGUAGGAGGAUACUGAGCUAGAGGCCAGCCUAGGCUACGCAGUAAAAACCUAUCACCUACACACGAGGCAUAUAAAGGACUCCUUGGAGACAGAGUCGCUUUCGAUGCCAGAGUUCUUUAUGUUUACGCUUUCACCUUUGCUACCUGAUUUCUGAUUUGAGCCUCAUGACGAAUCCAUAGGAUAAGCUGGGCCAUUGACAUCUUUUCCUAAGAUGGGUCAGACCAAGAGCCAAGGGCACGUGACUUUCCCUAAGAGGCAGACCCCGCUUGGAGUCCAGGGCUUCUGAGUCCUUCGCCGUCUUGCUCGGCAGUGCUGAUUUCAACAGCCGCUGAGAGGAAGACCCCAUAACCUCAUGGCAGGCAACUGUAGUGGCAACUUAGAAAUCGACACCUUACACGCAUUUUAAACUGGGUCAGAGGAGAGUUUGUCCCUUGUCCAUGGCCUGGGUGGGUAAUAUUUAUUUAUUUAUUUAUUUUUUUGUUGUUUUGUUUUGUUUGAGACAGGGUUUCUCUGUGUAGCCCUGGCUUUCCUAGAGCUCAGUAUGUAGACCAGGCUGGCCUCAAACUGACAGAGAUCUGCCUGCCUCUGCCUCCUGAGUACCAGGAUUAAAGGUGUGCGCCACCGUGCCCAGCAGGGAUCCGUUGCUUUGUUUUGUUGUUUGCUUUAAGCAGGGGAAAGCCUUGUGGACAAGGUUAGGAUUUGAUUGGCUUCAUUGAAACUUGGGAAGGGAAGAUGGCUGUGCAGGGAAAAAUGGCUGCUUGGUGGAAUCAGGCGAUCCUGGAGAGAAAGGUUCCUCAGAGUAGACUGGGCCUUCCCAGCAGUGGGCUCUGACAACACUGAUCUCCGUAGACUGGGCUCCUCCAUGUCUUUACUCAAACACGGAACUCCUCCAGCAAGUGUUUGUGUCAGAGGCUGCACUUACGGAGUUGGCUCAGGGCUUGACUUCCCACAGCGUCUGACGGUGUAGGGACCGACCACGCUGUUCAUUUCCCUGCUCCAGACAUCAUCGUUCUGUCUUGCUGGUGUGAUGACGGAGGGAGGACACACCACUCUAAACAAUCUCCCAAGACAGGCGUCUGGGACCUUAGCAAGAGCAUCUUGUUUGGCAGUGGAGGUUGGCCCUGACGUAGACCCUAUACAUAGGCAGAUGAAGCAUAAAGCUGGAAUCCUUGUUUGGGGGCAGUCGUCACAUGUUUAGGCAGGCCUGCUUACACACCCAGAGGUAAAGGAGCAUGUGCCCCAAAUUUAGGCUCCCAGCACCCUCAACUCUAUUCCACACAUUCUGACUGCUUAAGUGGAGUCGCUGUCUGCCUCCUUGUGAGAUUGGGAUCCUAAAUUGUCAUGCGGUGUGUGUCUCAGGAGGGUAUUUGUGAGGGGCACGGAGCUUUCCGACCCAGGGUCCUCCUGAAGGGGAUUUGGGAUAUAUAUGGGCCCCUUGGCCUUGCUUCCUAGCAGGAUCUGGAGCUGGGACAGUGUGGGAAUGAAGGAAAAGCUGCUGUUUCUGUCAUCAGACUAGCUAACAGGGAGGAAGAAGGAAGUGCUGGCGGAGGCUAUUUCGGUGUCUCAUGCACAUGGGCAGUUUCCUCCUUUUUGCUGAUGCUGCUAAAGUCUCAGACAAGAGGACUCCUCUGAGCCGCUACUAGAAACCAGAACUCCACAGCUGUGUGGUCCCUUCUCUAAGAGAGGAGCCAGGCCACAGGAUGUCAAUCCUUUAUGACAGACCGACCACGGGCUUGUCACUUUGCACAAAGAUGUACAUAGAGUGGAGAGCUCUAAUGUACACACACACACACACACACACACACACACCACAGAGUCCACAGCCCUUCAAGAUGGUAAGACCUCUUCUCUAGCCAGCUCCAGAGAAGCAGGCUGCGUACAGUACACCCCAUACACCCCACAUACUUCCCAGACAAGUCACUUGCUGCCUCCCUUUCCUGCUGUCAAAGAUCUAAUAAAGUCUGUGUGGCCUGUCCUCUGCCUCCUGAGUGGAGCUGCAAGGAAAUCGCCCACAUCUGAACAGAGCCCGUCUUGUCCUUUGAGAAUAGUCAUUUUUCACUGUCCUUGAGGUAUGACUCUAGAUAUUAUUCCACCACAAAAAUCUUAAACCCAAAUUUACUCCUCCUACUUGCGUUAGGGACUAGCAGAGAUGGAGGACAGGUCCCAGAUGCUCUGAGCCUGCUCACAGAGGUGCUGUUUUCUGGUUUGUCAAAUGUCAUUUUGUUUUGGGAGUUGGGGAUCUUGCUGUGUAGCCCAAGUUAGUUUGGAAUUCGCCAUGUAGCCCUGGCUGACCUCGAACUUGAGGCAGUCCUCCUGCUUCGGCAUCUCUGGUGCUGCAAUCAGAACCUCAACCUCUCUGACUAGUAACUUUAUCAAAAACCUACCUCUACGUCAAAGGGUCUCUCGAGGUGGCCCAUGUUGAAAGGAUUUGUGGGUGCUGUGCUCCCAAGGCUGGCACCUUUGGAGCUGGGGAACUUCUGAAACAAAGUUUUCUUUUCUUUUUUGUUUGUUGGUUUGGUUUUGUUUGGUUUUCAAGACAGGGUUUCUCUUCGAAGCCCUGGCUGUCCUGAAACUCACUCUGUAGACCAGGCUGGCUUCCAUCUCAGAGAUCUGCCUGCCUCUGCCUCCUGAAGACAAGGUUUUACUAUGUAGCCCUGGCUGGCCUGAAAUGCAAUGUGUAGAACAGGCAACCCUGAAACCCACUGUAUUGACGAGGCUGGCCCCAUCACCUUCAACACAUAGCUUUGCCCUAUCUUAGGCUCCACAUGCUGAGAUCACAGAUCGUCACUUCUGAUCAACUUCACCCCCUGCCUUGUGACAGGGACCCACCUUGUAGCCCAAGCCACCCCUGAAUUAACUAUGUAACCUAGCUUUGAUCCUGUCAUUCUCCUGCCUCAGGUUCUUGAAGGCAGAGUUCACCUUGGGUGAAGUACCAUGACACGCAGCUAUCGUGACAACUUUUAUUCCAGCAAGCACUCUUUCAUCUCCUCUCUGCCCCGUCAUCCAGUGUCCCCCGUCCUCUUAGCAGAUGCCUGGUGAGUCAGCUGGGUCAAAUAGUCUCUGCCUCCAUUGGAGAUGGAGGCGGGAAGUCAUCCACCUUCAACACACUUUGGGAGAAGCAGCAGCAGAAGCUCUGCUUUCCAUGGUCUCCUUUGGCUGCUGACUGACUGGUCCAACGGACUCAUGGCCACCCUCUGAGCAGUGCAGCAAUCCAUAUUGUCCAGGAAGGAGAGGUGGGCGUGGCAAAGCCCAAGGCGAGUGUUUGCUGUGGGGAGGGGGGAGAAGUGGUCAGGCCUGGUUCUGCAGCAGAACCAUGUUUGGAAGAUCUCUGAAGAGAAAUGAAGUUGGGACAAGCCAGAUGGGAGUGGAGAGGCAGUAAAAACCUGAUGUAACUGGGUUUGCCUGCCCAGAGCCUGGAGGGGGUUGGGGAGAAGACAAGCGGAAAGAAGGAACUGCAGACUUGGGCUUGCUUGUGCAACCUCGGCCGCUUGCUCCUCACAUGGGUCAACUGCUCCAGUGUCCGAUGGGCCACCCGGGUUCAAGAUAUCUUCACAGCUGGGAAGCUCCUGGCCCUGGCUCUGAUCAUCAUCAUGGGUAUUGUGCAGAUAUGCAAAGGAGAAUUCUUCUGGCUGGAGCCAAAGAAUGCAUUUGAGAAUUUCCAAGAACCUGACAUCGGCCUCGUUGCUCUGGCAUUCCUCCAGGGCUCCUUUGCCUAUGGUGGCUGGAACUUCCUUAAUUAUGUGACUGAGGAACUUGUGGAUCCUUACAAGAACCUUCCUAGAGCCAUCUUCAUCUCCAUCCCACUGGUCACAUUUGUGUACGUCUUUGCUAAUAUUGCAUACGUCACUGCAAUGUCCCCCCAGGAGCUGCUAGCCUCCAAUGCAGUUGCUGUGACUUUUGGAGAGAAACUCCUCGGGGUCAUGGCCUGGAUCAUGCCCAUUUCUGUUGCCCUGUCCACGUUUGGUGGAGUCAAUGGCUCCCUCUUCACCUCCUCCCGGCUGUUCUUUGCUGGAGCCAGAGAAGGCCACCUUCCCAGUGUGUUGGCCAUGAUCCACGUGAAGCGCUGCACUCCAAUCCCAGCCCUGCUCUUCACAUGCCUCUCCACCCUGCUGAUGCUGGUCACCAGUGACAUGUACACACUCAUCAACUAUGUGGGCUUCAUCAACUACCUCUUCUAUGGGGUAACGGUUGCAGGACAGAUAGUCCUUCGCUGGAAGAAGCCUGACAUUCCCCGCCCCAUCAAGGUCAGCCUGCUGUUUCCCAUUAUCUACCUGCUGUUCUGGGCCUUCCUGCUGAUCUUCAGCCUGUGGUCAGAGCCAGUGGUGUGUGGCAUUGGCCUGGCCAUUAUGCUGACAGGAGUUCCUGUCUACUUCCUGGGUGUCUACUGGCAACACAAACCCAAGUGUUUCAAUGACUUCAUUAAGUCCCUAACCCUAGUGAGUCAGAAGAUGUGUGUGGUCGUGUAUCCCCAGGAGGGGAACUCGGGGGCUGAGGAAACAACUGAUGACUUAGAGGAGCAACACAAGCCCAUCUUCAAGCCUACUCCUGUCAAGGACCCGGAUUCGGAGGAGCAGCCCUGAAGACUGCCAGCCUGUAACUGGCCACUCCUCCCUUCAUCCUUUCUGCCCUGUAUUCCUGCCUAGGUCCCCCCAACACACACACACACACACACACACACACACACACACACACACACUUCUGUAAGGCAGGGGCCAGACCUGGGUGUCCACAGUGAGACAUUCUAAACAAAGACCCUGACCUUUGUACCCAAAGAACCAACCUGCUUCCAGGACCGAGGCCCAUGGUCAAGGUCAAUGCACCAGGGCCUGCACACACCCUAAGGUUUGGAGGAGAGUGGAGGUGCCAUUAGUACCCUACAGAGCCCUUCCUCCUGGGCCCAUGCCUGUUAGGUGCCUCUAAGAAACCUGGGUUCACUACUAUUUCUUCUCCCUAACCCUGAGCCCAGGCGAAACUUCCAUUGGGGACAAAAGGUGCAGCCCCAGCAAUAGCUAGGAAGACAACUCAGAUUGUCACCGUUAAGUCAGCUGGAGAGACUCAGAUGUGGCUUCAUUCUCCAGGGAACCAAAAGGCAGAGGGUACACUUCUCUUUGCCUUCUUCUCCACUCUGUACUACCAAGACUCCACUGCCCAGCCUCAACCCACUACCCAGAGAGUUCCCUUUCAGGAAGCCUCCACCCCACUGAGCUAAGGACCAAGAAGGAGGACUGCCCCACCCCCAGCUCUAAGCCAAGCUUGUGGAAUAUACAGGGAAUGCUCAGACUGCAGAAGCCAAGCCCUGCCCCACCCCUGCCGCUGCCUCCUAUCCCCUUGUGGUGCCAAAGCUCCCUGAAGCCGGAAAGGCUUCUAUUUAGUCUAAUAGACAUCUCUCUCUUAAGGGCAAAGUGACUCUGCCCCUCCCUGUCCCCCUGUGAAAGAGCAGUCACCCUCUUAUCCCAGCAGCUCUUCCCACCCACAGCUCUGCCUACCACCCUCACCCCUUUCCUCUCCUGGACCACGGCUCAAGGACCAGGUAUGAAGGAUCUCCAAGUCCUUCAGGCCUGAAUUAGCAUCAAACCAGCCUUAAGUCAUCUCCCAUCCAAGAACUGGGCCUAAAGUGCUCCCAGUUUCCAACCUCCAGGACAGACCUGAUAUUAAGUCCUUCCCUGGAAGGAAGGGUGCUUCCCCCUUCCCAGCAGUGCUCAGCCCUCACCCUGGGGAGACCAUGUUGUUGGGGGGCACGGGGGAGUGAGGAGAAUGUUUUCCGAAGGCCUGUUCUUCUCCCCUCCCCCAACUCAAACAACCCUACCACCGUUCUGCCAUCCCACCUGGGACAAGAGGACAGAAUGGCACUGACUUUGGAGACCUUAGAAAAACCCCUUCCAGGAGAGCUUCUGGCCUGUGCUCUACAGGAAGGUGACAGUGUCUGCCUUCUCCUGGCAGCCUCCACACCUGCUGUGCUUAGGACAGGAUCCUUUGAUCACAAGGCAGAACCCUAACCCCGGUCCAUCUACUCAAACUGGAAUAUGCAGGGACCUUUCCCUGGCCCCUGCCAGCAGGUCUCCCAACUUCCUACCUAGCUCACCCUACCCCUAACUGGUGAGAGGCUGAGUUUGGGCUGAAUUAUAUGCCCUUAGGAAUACAGUCCAGGCAGGCUGUGGGGCCUCUGGGGGGCCAGGGACCACCCGCUACCCCUCAUUCCUCUCAUUCCUUCAGCCUGUACCUGCCCCUCCUUGAAUUAUUGUCUCUCUCUCUCUCUCUUUUUUUUUAAGUGGAUGCCUUACUUUUUGGAUAACUAUUUUUGAAGCUGGUAUUUCUAUUUCUUUUGGAUUUUUUAAUGUAUGGCGGUUUGGGGGCAGAGCUAGAACCUUAAUAAUCUGUCACUGAGUUCAUUUAGGUUUUAAAUUUUAUUGGUUUGUUUUAUGGAGUAUUUUCUUUUCAUGUAAUAAAAUUUUAAAUGGA